ACAACAGCGCAUCCAGCAACAGCACAUCAAACAACAGCUUUAGCAACUACUAGAUCAAUCACUACCUCUUUCUCUUCAACAUGAAGCUUACUAUGGUCUUGUCAGUAGCCUUUGCUACUCUUACUUUCGCCAACGAAGGAAUCCUCACGUUUGAGGGCUUAGGCCUUGCCCGCCGUCAAACAAUUUGCCAUACUCCAGGAGGUUCAGGCUGCCGAGCAAGUAUUUCCGGUGAUCAAUGCUGCUGUACAUCGUGUACUCCCGAGGACUGCAGCGAUCUCUGUAAGAACGGCAAACAAGCGGCUCAUGAAGCUCAGAAACAAAAAAAAUGUGCGAAAUGCUGCAACGCCGGUGGGGAGUCUCACGAACUCUGCUGCUCUAUUGCAUCCGCUGGGAUUGACUGCAACCCUUGCACCGCUGGACUACGAAUGUGCUAGUUAGCUGCCACAUCCACAACUUCCUCUCUAGUUUUAAAGAGUAGUAAACAAAAAAGCCUACGCAGGUGUUCUGGCAAUUACAGCAUUUAUUCCUCUAUCUAUAUGCUUAUGAUACGUACUUAGAGGCAGUAUAGAUAGAAUAAUCAAAGACCUUAGCAGACAAGAA